CUCUUUCAUAAAACCUUAGGCAUGGGUGAGCCAUCUCAAGGGGCAAAGUGAACCUUUGCUAGAAUCUGAGCAAAUUAGUUCUGAACUUGAAGAAAUCCUAUCAGACACAAGCUUGUCACUUAUUCAACGGUUUGGACGGGCCUCUGUUAUAGAGUUGAGAAAUCUCUUCAGUCUAGCAGCUCCAGCUAUCAUUGUUUACUUGCUUAACAAUGUUACUUCUAUGUCUACACAGAUUUUCUGUGGUCAUCUUGGUAAUCUUGAACUUGCUGCUGCUUCCCUUGGUAAUAGUGGCAUUCAACUUUUGGCCUACGGUGUCAUGCUAGGAAUGGGAAGUGCAGUGGAGACAUUAUGUGGGCAAGCAUAUGGAGCACACAAAUAUGAAAUGCUUGGAAUAUAUCUCCAAAGAUCAACUAUCCUUCUUAUGUUGACAGGAUUACCCCUUAUGGCAGCUUAUUUAUUUUCUAAGCCAAUCUUGAUUUUAUUAGGACAAUCCAAGAAAGUUGCAUCUGCAGCAGCACUAUUUGUCUAUGGUUUAAUUCCCCAAAUAUUUGCUUAUGCUGCCAAUUUCCCAAUCCAAAAGUUCUUGCAGGCUCAAAGCAUUGUUAAUCCUAGUGCAUAUAUAGCAGCCGCGACAUUAGUUUUUCACCUCUUCUUAACAUGGCUUGUGCUUUAUGUAUUUAAUUGGGGAUUGUUUGGUGGAGCUUUGGUUUUGAGUAUUUCAUGGUGGAUUGUUGUGAUUGCACAAUUUGUGUAUAUUUUGUGGAGUGAUCGAUGUAAGAAAACAUGGACUGGAUUCAGCAUGCAAGCAUUUUUUGGAUUGUGGGAUUUCUUCAAAUUGUCUCUUGCUUCAGCUGUGAUGUUGUGUUUGGAGACUUGGUAUUUUCAGAUUUUAAUUUUAAUUGCCGGUUUGCUUCCAAAUCCAGAAGUCGCAUUGGACUCUCUAGCUGUUUGUACGACAAUUUUAGGGUGGGUGUUCAUGAUAUCUGUUGGCUUCAAUGCAGCAGCAAGUGUGAGAGUGAGCAAUGAGCUGGGAGCUGGACAUCCAAAAUCAGCAGCAUUUUCGGUUGUUGUGGUGACAUUAAGUAGUUUUGUCAUUUCUGUAUUCUUUGCCAUUUUGGUGUUAUUAUUCAGACAUGUGAUGAGCUAUGCCUUCACGGGUGGAGAAAUCAUUGCUGAAGCAUCCUCAGAUCUUGCUCCACUCUUGGCUGUAUCUCUUGUACUCAAUGGUAUUCAACCCGUUUUAUCUGGGAAUAUGGUUGGGAAUGUUAGGAGGAACAGCUAUGCAGACUAUCAUCUUAUUGUGGGUGACCUUUCGAACCGAUUGGGAGAAAGAGGAAAAGAUGCCCGAAGAGCAUAAAAGAGCAAAAUGGAUCAAAAUGGACCAAAAUGGAACAAAAUAGAGCAAAACAAGCCAAGUAGCUGAAAUGAGUGAUCGGAAGAUACCAAGUGAAAAGAAAGUCAAAAAAGAGGUCAAACUGGACAUUUUUGCAAAACUGUCAAAACUGGACAGUUUUGCAAAAACGGGACAGAUUUGCAAAACUGUCAAAAAGUGGACAGUUUUGCAAAAACGGGCAGAAUUGCAAAAACAGAAAUAUGGGGGCAGAUUUUGACAUUUUUUGGACUUGGAAAAAUUGGGGGGAGCUACAAAAGAGAGGCUAGGGCAAAACAUUUUCUAUCUUUGGUCAUUUUGCAAGUUUUGGAGGCUAGGGUUUCACCUACACAAUUGGAAGAGAAGAUUGGAGCACUUUAAUGAGAUAAUUCUUAAACCUUUCUUCAAUUCCUUGUUUUGUAUUGAAUAUUUUAGUGUGUAGUAUUUCAUUUCUAGACUUGAAUCUCGUUUAUGAAAGUAUUCUUGAUUAAA